GGCCUGUGAAUCCCCUAUUAAUCGAUCAAUUGUCAGGCAAACCUCCACCUGUUGAAUUCCCCCCCCUCCUCCUCACCUGUGGAAGCGCAGGCGUCGCCGCUGCCCUCUCCUUCACCAGGCCGCCCUGCCUCUGCAGCGCAGGGCCUCGGCCUCCUAGGGUCAUAGAGUCGGAAGGGACCUUGAGGCUCGUCGAGUCCAGCCCCCCCCCUCCCCGCAUAGCAGGAAUAUAUAGCUGGCCCAUACAGGGGUCGUUAUCUGGCCAACAGGAGCAGCUUGCUAUUCCUUCCUGCUGCUUUUAUUGCAUUUUGUCCAUGGCAUUGUGACGCUCAUGGGAGGCAGCCAAUAGCUAAUAAUGCUCCCCGGGCUACUGAGCAGCAUUUAAAAAAAUUCCUGGACUAAAUCCUGCGUUAACGACAGUUUUCUGUGCCGCCGUUAAGGGUAUUCGCAGUAUCGUCGCCACAAGCGAACUGAACCCUGGAAAUAAGUUUUAACUCGCUCUUUCUUUACAUCGCCAAAAAAAGGAAGCCAUAUCUUUGGGUAGUGUAAAAAAAUUAAAGAAGUUCUGGAAUAAGUAUAUCAUCGUUGUCAUUCGUUGAAUUUGUUAGUUUCCUUAUCUUGCUCAGGGCGACCUGAAGCAGCUUAACAACCAAAGAAGGGCGACCAAGAUGAUUGAGGGUCUGGAAACCAAGCCUUAUGAGGAAUGGUUGAGGGAGCUGGGUAUGUUUAGCGUGGAAAAGAGGCGACAGAGGAGAUGUGAUUGUUGUCAUCCAUCUGUCUGAAGAGACAGUGGAGGAGUGUGCUUUUGGGGGUUAAAGUCAAACCAUUGGAGAGUCACAGCACCUGCUGAUACAGGAGAGACAUGUUUUGUUGCAGAUGGAGGUGUCCAGUUUCACUGUUGCAGGUGCACCAUGGCGUUUUCUUUCCCUCCACAUUCCUCCCAGUGUUCAUAUGAUAGCUUUCUUCAAGUAUCUCAAGGGCUGCCCCAUAGAAGAGGGAACAUGCUUGUUUUCUCCUGCUCUGGAGGGUAGGACCCGAACCCAGUGGCUUUAAGUUACAAGAAAGGAGAUUUCGACUAAGCAUUCGGAAAAACCUUCUGACAGUAAGAGCUGUUCGGCAGUGGAACAGAUUCUCAUGAGAGGUGGUGGACCCUCCUUCCUUGGAGAUUUUAAAGCAGAGGUUGGAUGGCCAUCUGUCAUGGAUGCUUUAGCUGAGAUUCCUGCAUUGCAGGGAUUGGACUAGAUGGCCUUCAGAUGGUCCGUUCCAACUCUACGAUUCUAUAAUUUAUGAAUGGACCAACAAAGAAAACAACAACCCAUCCCACGCAGACACAUUAAAGCCAAUAGGAAAAAGAAAUGCAUUAAAAACACGCUGCCCACUUCUAAACAGCCACAGAUAGUUGAAGGCCACAGGCCUGAUUAUAGAGGAACAUUUUAGCAUGUUUAGUAUGUUACUGGGGACAAAAUCCUCUGGUUGAACUUUACAUUGCAAAAUAUAUAUACACGGAAUCAGACCUAUGGCAUAGUGUUCUGGGGCUACUCACCUGGUGACAUUGCCCCUGCAUUUCAGACGCUUGCUAUUUACAGUUUCCCUUACUUAACAAAAGUGGAUGGUGGCCUCUCCAGACUUUUUCUUUUUUUUCAACAUGUCUUUGACAAAACAAUAGUGCAUUAAUGGUUUUCGUUGAAUCUCUCUUUAACGCCACCUGAGAACAGACUUAGAGCCUGAUCCUGUACAUAUUUGCUUGGAAGAGGAUGUGUUCCCUAGCACUCUUCCCACCCCCUCCGCCUCCGGGAGACAUCACACUUUAUGAAUUUAACAAUGCCCUGGUUUCUGGCCGCAGCUAUGAGAAGCUUCCACUUUCUUUCCAAGGACAGCUAGAAGACUUGCCUGUCCUGACCAUCCCCAAAGAAACUCUGAAAGCUCACAGUCGACAGGAACACAGCACUAAGCCUGCCUUCAUCCAUCACCGUGAGUCACUAUGGAAGAGGUGCAUCAAUGCCUGGCGUGACAUUGGAAUCGCUGGAGUGCUUGAAGAGCUUGCAUAUGCAGAGGAGGAGGGUGACUUGGACCAGGAGAUGGAUGAGCUGCCUUGGACAGAUUCUGCAAAGGAGCUAGCUCUCCGAUGGAUGAAAGCAGGAUCCCGCUACACAUUAGCACUCUGCUGUUGGGUCUCCUCUCUCCAUGGCUCCUUCUUUCCCCAUUUGUCGCUGCAAAGUGAAGACAUGAUAGCACAGUUCUCCCAGGCUGUGGAUUGGGCAGGCUGCUCAAUCCGAGCCUUCGCCUGGCAUCCUCACACCAGCAAGUUUGCCGUGGCCCUGCUGGAUGACUCCAUCCGUGUUUACAAUGCAAGCAGUGCCACCAUCCCGAUCCUGAAGCAUCGCUUGCAGAGGAACGUGGCAUCAGUGGCAUGGAAGCCGCUGUGUGCAUCUAUCCUUGCCGUGGCAUGCCACAGCUGUGUGCUGGUUUGGCAUCUGGACCCCACUUCGCUUUCCACCAGGCCUUCAUCUGGCUGCGCCCAGGUACUCAGCCACCCAGGUCACAGCCCCGUGACCAGCCUGGCCUGGGCACCCAGUGGAGGGUUGCUCCUCUCAGCCUCACCUGUUGACACUGCCAUGCUUGUGUGGGAUGUAUCCACAGAAAACUGCAUCCAGUUGCAGUGGUUUGGAGGAGGUGGGGUCACAUACCUGGCUUGGUCUCCUGACGGCAGCAAAGUAUUAGCAGCCACACCUUCAGCAGUCUUCAGGGUGUGGGAAGUUCAGAUGUGGACUUGUGAGAAGUGGCCAACCAUCAAAGGUCCUUGCCAGACUGGCUGUUGGAGUCCAGAUGGCAGCCGCUUGCUCUUCACGGUCCAGGGGGAAUCGGUGAUAUAUUCUUUGUCUUUCCUGGAAUAUAGCGGUGAACAGCAAGGGCAGGUUGGUGGGUCGAAAACAGCUUCCAUUGUUGCUGAUCUGUCGGAAACCACUUUUGAGACCCUGUAUGGAGAGGAGAGGAUUGGAGGGGAGGUGCUUUCCAUGGUCUGGGACCCAAGUGGCGAGAGGCUUGCAGUUGUCAUAAGAGGAAAUCGUGAUGCUCCCGACUGCAGGGUCAUCAUUGCCGUGUUUCGCACCCGCAACAGCCCCGUGUUUGAGCUCUUGCCAUGUGGUUUCUUACAGGGAGAAGACGGUGCUCAGCCACAACUAGUUGCUUUCCACCCUUGCUUUAAGAAGGGAGCUCUUCUGACAGUGUGCUGGUCAACAGGAAAGGUCAGCCACAUUCCCUUCUUCUUUGUGGUUGCCCAGUUUCCGUCUUUCAGCCCUGGGCAGAGUCCCUUCAUACCUUUGGGCAGUAGAAGCAGUGCCCGGGAGCAGCCAUUGUUUUCUGAACUCUAAGGGCCAACAUGCUGGGCUUCCUCCCUACCAGCCUGUGUACCUUCAGAACAUUGGAGAUGCCUUCAGAACAUUGGAGAUGCACACUGUAAAGGCUGCUUCUGCCCAAGUUCAACUUUGGAGAGCGCCGCGUCUUGUUUCUGUCAAUUGCAGUUGAGGCGUCGAUCAGCUGACGUGCUGUCUAUUAGUAGGCUAUCCACAAGCAGCCUUUGAAGCCAAGAAGAACGUCUGCCAGAGAUGGACCACUUUGUAGUUUUCGCAUUUGAGACAGAAAAUAAAAACAACAAAGGGUGAA